CAUAUAUCUUUUAAUAAUAAAUAAAUAAGUAUCUCUCUCACAGUAGCGUAUUACUUUCUAUUUUACUUUAACACAUUAUCUUCUAUUCCAUUCUAUUUUUGUUUCAUAUUCUAUAUUUUCUUUCCUACAUUUUAUAUACGAUUUAUAUACGAUUUUCACUCUUUUAUAUAUUUUUUACUUCGCUCUUAACUCUAUAAUACACUAAGCAACAUUCACAUAUCCGCAUUUUCACACACUGUCUAACAAAAAAUCUCAAAACUUAACUUAGUUAAAAAAGAAAAUAUUAAUUUAUUUAACCCUGCUUACGUGUGAAUGAAUUUCGAAUUGAUCAAAAUGUGUAUGAGAAGCGUUAUAUUAUUUUUCGUAUACAAAAUAUAGUGCUAAAAUACCGAGGAAGGUCCCCGAGUCUUGCGGGUAAUUAUCUAUUCUUUUUAUCAGCUCAAAAAAUGCAUUGCCUUUAAACGAUGACUUGAGCUUGAUACGUUGACAUUUGUCAGUAUUACUACAAAAGAAGACCGUUUUUGUUACUUAAGCAAUAAAAAUAUAUUCUUAAAAAAAGGUUAAAGGAAUAUUUGACAAAAUUGACAUUAUUCAAAAUUUGAUAUUCAUUCUUUUCGUUUCCUUAUAAAAAAUUCCGGAAAGAUAUUUUUUCAAGUAAAAAUAUAUUCCCUUAAAGUAAAAAUAAAGAUAUCUAAAUAUUUCUUCCAAACCUACAAUCUAUUAAAUACUUCAGUAAAUUUAUUAAUAUAUAUAAAUAUUUUAUAAUUACGAUCUUUUUAUCCAAGAUGUCAAUGUGAAAUUAUUCAUCGAAUAUGGUUACCGAUUAUUUUAAAUGCUAAAAAAGUGUGACCAGAAUUGAACACCAGAAUUGCGCUGCCACGUGAAAUUCGCGAUUGCUUUUACUUUGUUCGUAAUAAAUUUGAUGGUCGCCACGAUUGUCAGUUUCGUUUUACUCGCCGACGAGUUACAAUGUCAUUCCGAUUGGAAUCAGAGUUCAAAGCUGGAAUUCAUGUUCUUAUGAGACAGGAAGUUCGCUUUUUCACAAAAUAUAAACGUUCGUGGAACGGGAUACUUCUUCUUUCUCUCUCGCGCGACCUUUUGUCGGCAACACCGUGGUCUUCGGGUAUACAAUUUUUUGCACACGACUCGCCACUCACACGAGUACAUUCUCAAAGCACCGUAAGUUAUCUCGUAUUUUUCGCUCAACCGUUAAACGUCGUGAAGUGUUAUCGCGGCCGCGAGCGCGGCGCAAUGAAGUGAAGUGAAGUGAACGAAGUGCGACCGACGUGGGACGACAACUGAAGGCUACAGAGGCUGGGCGGAUGCAGCGACUGGUCUCAUCAGUGGACCUGGACGGGGUUGCAUGUCGUUGGGCAUCAACGCGAAUUGUUCUCCAGAUGACGACAAUGCUGCUCUCCGGUGUUCAGGAAAUAAAUGCAGUCUCAACGAGUUAAACGUGGAUAUAGAUGUACGAAGGAAGAGGACGACGCCGAGGAGGACGACGAGGAGAAUUAUCCCGUGGAGGACUACGAUUACGGUGACUACGAGACGGCGACCAUAACCAGCGAUACCGAUCUAAUCGCCGGCCGUUCUCUGCCGAUUUUCUUGGCGGAGCCUGUCGACACGUUCGUCGUCAAAGGGAAACCGGCGACGCUGCAUUGCCGCGCUGCACAUGCUCUUCAGGUGUAUUUUCGCUGCAACGGCGAGCGGGCCGAGCGUUCGCAGCAGCAGGAUUUCGUUGACCCUCGUACCGGAACGAGGGUCGUCGAGGUCGAGUUGAACGUGACGAGGAACGAGGUCGAGGAGUACUUCGGGAGGGAGAGAUUCAAGUGCGAGUGCGUGGCUUGGUCGGGACCAGGUCAAAUUCGAGGGCAACCCGCUACGGUUGAGGUCGCCUAUCUGAAGAAGCACUUCCUGUCGCCACCCUAUUCGCUGUCGGUGGAGGUCGGCCGCAACGCUGAACUGCGAUGCUCGCCACCGUUGGGUGUACCGUUGCCCAAGGUGUACUGGCUGAGGAACGGCUCGCCCCUCGAGACAACGACGACCGCCGGCGCCGCUUCCAGCGCCUCCGAGGCGAACCCUAACGACAUGUCCGCGAGCAGCUUUGUGCAAUCCGCCGAUGGGCAUCUACUGCUAGGCGAGGCCGAACUGAGGCAUCAAGGGAAUUACUCGUGCGUCGCUGAGAACUUAGCCGCGAGGAGGGUUAGCGAGCCGGCAGUGCUCACGGUGUAUGUGAACGGCGGGUGGUCGUCCUGGUCUGGAUGGUCGGAGUGUAGCGUUCGUUGCGGUAGAGGCGUACAAAAGAGGACAAGAACGUGUACAAAUCCCGUUCCAAUCAACGGCGGUCAAACGUGCCCAGGGCCAGCCACACAAAGGGUAGAAUGCAAUCCUUCCUGUCCCGCGGUUGACGGCAGAUGGUCAACUUGGUCCUCGUGGUCCGCAUGCGGUCCCGAUUGUUCGAGAAUAAGGAGGAGAUCCUGCAACGACCCCCCGCCUAGCAACGGCGGUCGUCCCUGUCAAGGCAAGGACGUCAUCGUCGAGUCCUGCGCCACGGAUCGAUGUAAUGCGCUUGGACAAGACGGGCCGAGAGUGUUCAAGGAAGCGACUCGGGCGGUCGAUCAUAGAAACAUCCUCGCGUUGUGGAUCACUCUGAGCUUAGCCGCGAUUAUCUUGGCCUUGACCACUAUCUUCUUCGUUCGCUUCAUGCGCCGGAAAGAGCGGAUGGAGGCGUUGUACGGCGUCGCGAGGCUGGACUUCCGUCGUCCGGGCGACCUCGCCAAGUCCGUCGUCUCCAAGAACGAGCGCGCCAACGUCUUGGCUAACGACCGGCGCCUCGAGCAUGUGAUCGACGAGUCGAACGCCGCCCGGUUACCCAGAUCCUGCUCGGAGCAUCAUUAUGACGUCCCGCAAUUGUCAUUACCGUCGACAACGAGACCAUCCCCGAGCUCCUCCGUAACCAGGUCCUCCUGCAAGAAUUCGCAACGGGGACGCGGCAUGUCGGAUAAUGAGGAGGGCCGAUCUUCCCGUAAGAGACUCCUAUAUUCGACUCGAGAACACGAGAACUCCUUAAGCUCGACGUGCCAAGCGAACCCGGAGAGCACCAACGAAGACGACGAUGAGCAAGACGACGACGACAGGUUAGAGGAAGACGAGCGAUCGGCGACGGAGGACGAUCGCGCCGGCGGUGGCUUCAUCGUAAGAGCUUUGAUCGACGAGCAAGGCGCCCUUCUAGUCGUGCCUGAGGUGGGCGUCUCGAUGUCCGUGCCAGAAGGCGCGAUCUCGCGCGGCCGCCGGCACAGCUUGCACCUCGCCGUUCUCGGGGACAAUUCCUUCAGGCCGAAUCUCCCGCCCGGACUCACCCUGUUGUCCGCCGUGGUGGCCUGCGGCCCGCCAGGCGUCGACCUCGUGAAGCCUGUGAUCCUCCAGUUCGAGCACUGCGCCGAGCUGAGGACCGGCAACUGGGAGCUGAGUCUGUGGUCCGCGGAGAUCGACCUGGAGACGCGCUCGACCAACUCCCCGAGCUCGUCCACCAGCUCGAGCGGCUCGUCCUCCGCAACGGCGUGGCGCAAGGUGCUGAUGUUGGGCGGCGACCCGACCAAUCUGCCGGGUCAGCCGUUCGCGCAGCUCGAUCACGCCGGCGUGUUCCUCGUCACGGAGACGCCGAGCGUGUACGCGGUGGCCGGCGAGAAUUCUGUGGUUGCGCCCGGUUUGGCCGUGAAGCGCCUUUGCGUGGCGGUCUUCGUGUCGCGCGAGCGCGACCACAUCAGAUGCCACGUGCUCGAGGACGUCAAAGCGUCGUUCAAGCUCGUCAGCGAGCAGGAACGUCGUUUGGGUAGCACUCAUAUCGAUCACGGUACUCUCGGAUUUCGUGCUAGCGGCACCUCGCUUCGCGUUGAUCUCGAGGAUCGAGAAAGCGGCUUCGCGGAACGGCAGGAGGUGCCAUAUCGGCGCAUCUGGUCCACCCCGAGGACUAGCAUCCGCCGCUCUUUCAGGAUAGAGAAAGUCGUUGGCGACCUCAGGCUCAGCUUCGAGCUUCGCGCCUGCCAACGUGGUUUCGAGGAUCAAGGCUUGCUGCUGAGGAUCGAUCUCGAUCUCGUGAAGAGAAACAACAUGAGCGGAAAGAGGAACGGUAAAACGGAAUCGUCCAUUGUACUGCGAGGGAAAAGCUCGACGAGGUCCACGGAAUCCGUCAUACCGAGACCCUUCAGAUUUUCUAAGACGCUGCGAAAGCAACUAUGCCAAUGUCUGGACCCGCCGAGCGCGCGCGGCAAUGACUGGCGGAUGUUGGCACAGAGAUUGCAAGUCGAUCGAUACGUCGACUACUUCGCAACAAAAGCGAGCCCGACCGAGCAUAUUCUGGACUUGUGGGAAGCCAGACACCGCGAAGCUACGGCUCUGGCGGAUUUGCUGAACCAUUUAAGACUGAUGGGCCGCGUCGACGCGGCCAAUGUACUCGAGAGUCGUCUGGGGCCAUGGAUUUAAGAGAUUACGAAAAAAAAGUAAACUCACACUGCCACGCGACGCAGACCGCGCGGAUUUGUAACACGAUAGACAAGGGAGUUUUUGUACAUAGAGUAGUCAUUGUAUACGGUAUCAACAAAGCGGACGUAAAAAAGUAUGUUGUAUAAAUAUCGACCAUAUUUGUACAUACAAGUCGUUUACAACAAAUGUCUGUGCAGCGCUCUAUUUUUCAACCCCCUCCACAUCCUACUACAA